GAAGGUAGACAUUGAAUUGUCAUUAGUUAUGGACUCUCGCUCAGCAGCAUCAUCGAGAUCAAGAAGUCUCAAAGGAUAUAGAAAUAGUCGCUCUCUUUCUCGAUCAUCUAGACGAACAUCAUCUCCAACUAGGAAUUCAUCAAAGAUUUUAAUAGAAAAAUUGACAAAAAAUGUAACGGCAGCUCAUAUUCAGGAAAUAUUCGGUUCAUACGGUGAAAUUAGGUCAGUUGAUAUGCCUAUGAAUCGGAGGCUAAAUAUCAACCGAGGACUAUGUUACAUUGUUUAUGCAUCAUCAAGUAGCGCAAAUGCAGCCAUAUCUCAUAUGCAUGAAGGUCAAAUAGAUGGAUCGGUGAUUACGGUGUCAAUUGUUACACCCCGACCUCCAAAUACUCGUAAAUCAUCUUUUUCUCCUGGGAGAAGAGGUUCGAUGGGAGUGAAACGAUAUAGAAGACCAUAUUCUCCCCCGCGUAGAACUAUUAGGGAAUCUAGGCUCGGUGAUUCAUACAGACCUCCUUAUAGAAGUUCAAAAUCAUCAAGUCCUUAUUAUCGGCAUAAUGGAAAUUCGAAAAAUAGGUUAUCUAGUUAUAGUAGUUAUAGUAGCCGUAGUAGAAGCUAUUCUACUGAAAGAAGUCGCUCUAGAGGGCGAAGCUAUUCUCGUGGAAGAAGCUAUUCUCGUGAAAGAAGUUAUUCUCGUGGAAGAAGUUAUUCACGUAGAAGAAGCUAUUCUAGAUCAAGAAGCAUAUCUAAUGCCAGUAAAUAAGACAAAUUUAGGUCAUAUAUAUUAUAGUAUAUGUUAUUAGGAUACUAAAAUUAACUAUGCAAAUUCAUAA